UAAACUUGAGAAAUAUAGAUCCACAGAAACUGAUAGAUACGUCCACUUAUAAGGAAAAUAUAUAACGAUGCGGUUGAAUUAAAGGUCGUGGAUCGUUUGGUUUUAUCUCAUACUGAACAACUUGCAUCCAACAAAAGCAAACGGCAUUGGGAACCUAAGUAUAAAGGUAUUUCACUGUACAAUAAAGUGGGCACUUGUCCAUUUGAAGGGGAACCACCUAAACCGCAACCAUGGAUAUGUGUGGUAUUGAAGACUUGAUGGCGAACACUGUAUUGGUGCAAGCUAAAAGUAACAACCCAUCCAAUAAUAAAUAUAGGAAAAGCUUCGUUCUACCGGCCAUAUCCGUGUGCGAUGAAGCGUCGAAACUCGUCGACAUAGAGAUGCAUAAUCUAACCCCAGACAACAUAAGAAGCGACCCGAAAUCCAAGGCUGCGUACGAGUUUCAUCAACUUUGUGAAAAACAACCCAUUGGUAGAGAAAUGUUCAAGAAGUUCUGUCAUUCUGCCGAAGCUGAUGUCAAGAACUUACAUUCCAUGCUUCGAUCUAUUGUUGAGUAUGAGAUCGCAUCAUUAGAGGAAAGAUCUGAUGCAUCCCAAUGCGUUGUGAAUGGAUACCUCAAACCGGAAGCUCCGUAUGAAGUUACAUCGGUUUCUGAUCAAUUGAAGAAAGCUUGCGUUAAAAUUGUACAAGGAGAUUCUUUACCUUCGGAUGAUGUCUUGAGGUUUAUACAGACUGGGAAAACUUCAGAUGAAACUGCUGCUACCUCUGUGACGUCACUAAGCGCAAUGAACCAACCCGAACUCGUCAUAAACCAUCUUUCUGACGUAGAAAAGAGGCAUCAUUACAUUAAAACAGCUUUCCAGCGAUGCAAGAAGGAAGUACAACCUUACUUGGCUGAACAUGUUUACCCACUCUAUAAAUCAAGCGAACAAUUCAAGACUUUUCUGCGAUGGAAAUGGAAAGAGAAGGAAGAAGUCAUGGAGGAAGACUUCCAUCCAUUCCGUCUUCUGGGCAAAGGGGGGUUCGGGGAAGUUUAUGCUUACCAGGUUAAGGUGACUGGGAAGAUGUACGCUUGUAAGAAAAUCGAUAAACGGAAGAUGAAGAAAAUGCACGCACAAGGUGUCGUCAUGUCGGAGAAGAUUACGUUGGAAGCCGUGAAUAGCCCCUUUGUUGUGAGUCUAACUUACGCUUACGAGAAUAAGAAUCAUCUCAACUUGGUGAUGACGUUGAUGGGGGCGGGUGACUUGAGGUUUCAUAUCUACGAGACUAACGAAGAUGGAAAGAAGAGAGGCCUCACCACCGAAAGGACGAAGUUUUAUUCAGCUCAGAUUAUUCUCGGGUUGGAUCAUUUACAUCGGGAGAAUAUUUUGUACAGGGAUAUGAAACCAGAGAACGUGUUGUUGGACGACAAAGGGAACGUAAGGUUGGCCGACCUUGGGUUGGUUUGUAUACUUGGUGAAGGAGAGAAAACAAAAGGCAGGGCAGGAACAAUCGGGUUUAUGCCGCCUGAGAUGUUGCAAAGUAAGCAAUAUUCAUAUGGGGUGGACUGGUUUUCAUUGGGUUGCACAAUCUUUGAAAUGAUUGAAGCGAGAGGACCAUUCGUGUCAAAGGGCAAGAACAAGAGGAAACAUUGCGUGGAAUCAACAGCAGAGAAAACAAUCAACGAAAAACAUAAGUUCAAGAAAACCCACGAACCCUCGUUGGUCGAUCUUAUUGAUAAACUGUUGGUUAAGAAGGUUGAAGAUCGGUUGGCUGGUGACGAAAAAUCAGCGGAGGCAAUAAAAAGACAUCCAUAUUUUGCUGAUUUAAAUUGGGAGAGGUUGGAAGCCGGGGUCAUACCGCCGCCUUUUGUUCCUGACCCACGACAAGUUUACGCCAAAGAUGUUUCCGAUAUCAGACUUGGAAGCGAAGCCAAAGGUGUCGUGCUCACCAAAGAAGACACGGAUUUUCAUAAAAAGUUUUCAUCAGGAAGAGUUGCAAUACCCUGGCAGCAGGAAAUGUUAGAGACGGGAUUAUUUGAAGAUGUGCUGAGUCGCCCUAAUCCCGUUGUGCCAGUCGUCGAUUCAAAAAAAUCAAAAUCGAAAGUUUGCGCUUUACUUUAAAUAUUCACGAUAGGAAAUUAUUUCAUGUUUAUUUCUUGCGCGAAAUAUUUUGCUGCUGGGCGUAACAAAGGAAUAUCGCAACUGGUAAAUAUAAAUAAUGUAAACAAAUAUUUGUUAGCCGCAGUGAAAAUAUGCAUUUCAUAUCAUUAUUAGUAUUGUGCCAAGAUAAUUAAACUGCAUUCAGGGACACUUGUGUUUAACUUUGUAAAGUCAUUGUGAAACAUGUUUGUUUUUGUUUAACAAAUAAAAUAUUUAUAAAAAUA